AUGGAGAGGCCGGCGCCCCGCGAGGUGCACAUGAGCCAGGCCAUCCAGCCGGCGCACGCCAACGCCCGAGGCGAGCUGAGCGCGGGGCAGCUGCUCAAGUGGAUUGACACCACCGCCUGCCUGGCAGCUGAGAAACAUGCUGGGGUUUCCUGUGUGACAGCCUCAGUGGAUGACAUUCAAUUUGAGGAGACAGCUAGAGUUGGACAAGUUAUAACCAUCAAAGCAAAAGUUACUAGAGCAUUCAGCACAAGCAUGGAGAUCAGCAUCAAGGUCAUCGUGCAGGACACGUUCACUGGCAUUGAGAAACUUGUUAGUGUGGCCUUCUCUACAUUUGUAGCCAAACCAGUUGGAAAAGAAAAGAUUCAUUUAAAACCAGUCACACCUCUAACUGAACAAGACCAUGUGGAACAUAACCGGGCUUCUGAGAGAAGGAAAGUGCGAUUACGGCAUGAAGAGACUUUUAAAAACCUGAUGGAGAAGAGUAGCAAGUUUGAGGAUCUCAUUUGUGAUGAAGAGGAAGGAGCAGUUUCUACCAGGGGCACCUCUGUUCAGAGCAUUGAACUUGUCCUCCCACCCCAUGCAAACCAUCAUGGAAAUACAUUUGGUGGCCAGAUUAUGGCUUGGAUGGAGACGGUGGCUACUAUUUCUGCAAGCCGCCUCUGUCGAGCGCAUCCGCUUCUGAAGUCUGUGGACAUGUUUAAGUUCCGAGGCCCAUCCACAGUGGGAGAUCGUCUUGUCUUCAACGCCGUCGUCAACAAUACGUUUCAGACCUGUGUCGAAGUGGGAGUGCGCGUGGAGGCCUUUGACUGCCAGGAGUGGUCUGAGGGCCUGGGCCGUCACAUCAACAGUGCUUUCCUCAUUUAUAAUGCUGUCGAUGAUAAGGAAGAACUGGUCACAUUUCCCAAAAUCAAACCCAUGUCUAAGGAUGAUUUUAGACGGUAUUGUGGAGCUAUUGCACGCAAGAGAAUUCGUCUGGGCAGAAAAUAUGUUAUUUCCCACAAACAAGAGAUUCCACUUAGCAUACACUGGGAUAUUCGCAACCAGGUAUCCCUGAGUGAUGACAAUGUGGAGGCUUUCAAAAAGCUGGUGGCCAAAAGUGGUUGGGAGAUCACCAGUGCUGUGGAAAAGAUAAAAAUAUAUACUCUGGAAGAACAGGAUAUUUUAUCUGUUUGGGUUGAAAAGCACGUGGAAAAACCGGCACACUUGGCUUAUCAUCUAUUGUCUGACUUUACCAAGCGACCUUUGUGGGACCCCCAUUAUGUGUCCUGUGAAGUCAUAGACUGGGUGAGUGAAGAUGACCAAAUAUAUUAUAUCACCUGUCCUAUAGCAAAUGGUGACAAACCCAAAGACUUGGUCGUACUUGUAUCACGAAGAUCUCUUAAAGAUAGUAACACUUACACCGUGGCAGUGAAGUCGGUCAUUCUGCCAUCGGUCCCACCUUCUCCACAGUACGUCAGAAGUGAAAUCACAUGUGCUGGCUUUCUCAUCCAUGCUAUUGACAGCAGUUCAUGCACUGUAUCUUAUUUUAACCAGAUUUCUGCUAGCAUCUUGCCUUACUUUGCUGGAAAUCUUGGUGGCUGGUCAAAAUCCAUUGAAGAGACAGCAGGUUCCUGUAUACGAUUCAUAGAGAAUGCUACUGAUGAUGGGUCAAUAAGCAUAUUUUAAGUGAUAAACUUUCAAUUACCUGUAAUUGAUU